CCUGCCAGCGUCCGGCUAAGACGCACAGCUUAAAAUUCGAGUUCGCGGCCGCCACGCCCUCUCGCCCCAGGGCUUUUAUACUCGCAUUGGCUUGUCCUCUGGGUCACAAUUCGGAGGCACCGACGUGGCUCAUCGUUCCGGGCAAACACAUCGGGUAAUAAAAUAUGCCCAAGCCCUUGUAUGGCGUCGUUGAAAGCACAGAGGUCCUAGAGGCGGCAGCACACCCCGCGGGACCAUUGCGUGGCAUUGCCGCCCGUCGUGCAUUCAAGUCAAUUGAAAAAGUCCAAGCUGCUGCGAGGCGUUACCUUGUGUUGCAGAAAUAUCCCCAGCUUGCUCAACUUCAUGAAGAACAGCCUCGUGAUCUUUCUUACGCGUCCUCUCUUCUGUUGCACACUCCAACUCAAAUUGGCGCCGCCACCUCUGACCUGACCGCCUCUCCAAUUUCGAAUACCCUUCCGACAACGCCUCAAGCACUCCAACCCCUUCCCGAUCAUUCCGUUCCCACCACCUAUCGAAUACCCAGUCCUCGACCGCAUCACCUUAUACCGACACCUCAUUAUAACCGUCCCGAACACGCUAUUGUCGAUCUUGCCGCUCAGAUUCGUGCAACCCAGAAAGUCAACACACAGCUUCUCGUCCAAAUAAAUGUACUAGAAACUAGACUUGCUGACUGGAAAGUCAAAGCGCUUGCUGCCGAGGCAUUGGUGAAGGAUCGGGAAGGCGUCAUCGGCACUGACUCUGUCUCCCUCUCCUUAUUCGAGAGGGAGAAAGAGGCUGUACGGGAGCUUCGAGAGAAACUCGAAUGCAGCAUUGCACAUGAAGCCGCCUCUAAGGGCAACCUAAUGCAGGUGCGUGGGAAGGUGCAAUCGCGUGCGAGGAUCCUGGAAGCGAACCGGGCUAGGGAGUCCAAGUCCAGUACAUCUCCUCAAGACGCGGAAAGGGCUCUUCGGGCAACCAUAAGUAGAGCUCAAGUGUUUUUAGAGAUCACUACCCGAACUUCGCGACCACAGCCACGCCCAACAGGCACGUCGUUGCCUCAAAAUCACAGCAACGAGCACGCGGCAACGGUGCAAUCCACACUCAUUAAGCUAAAUCGCACGCGUAGAAGCCCCUACGCUCCUACCAAACCCCCACUUCCCAAGCUUCUUACUCUACACAACCUGGCUUCCUCACUUCCUCGACCACCUUCGGACGAGAACGCCAGGGCUGCAGGCCGUGGGCUCAGCGUUCCACCGUCAACAGUAAAUCGAUGGAAAAAUACAAGCAAAAAGCGACUGUCCGUUCCUGUCACAGACACGACGUUCGUUCAAGACAGGGUAGCAGUGAACAAGCGGCUCGCUGCUUUCUAUGCUCCUCGUCCAUCCCCCCUUUCAGAGGUAAGAAAUUCUGGGCCUCUUGCUCCAAAUCACUCGUUGAGUGUGAAGUAUCCCACCAUACCCCCCACUCCUCAUUCUGCGCCACCACCGCUACCACCGCAGUCACAACUUCGCGGUGAACCAAACGGCGAGCACAGGCUGCCAUCAUGGGUCGACGAAAUGCUGGAUCACAUUGCACAUCCCCUACAUCACCAUCGUCUUGCUUCGGCAGAUCUAAACAGGACCAUAUUGGCUAAGCGAACGGCCAGCACAUCUUCUAUUGACAAUUUGCAUCUAUCCCUCCAAGUCCCAUCCUCCAGCCCCACUCGGGAAGACUGGGAUCUCAUAAGCGAUAAUGAAACCCUUGGAGGAUCGAAAGUGAACCUACUGGCCCUCGGCGAAGCGGCACCUUCGGAUAGCAUCCACCCGACGUCGUCCAUGAGCAAACUGCGAAAACGCACACCACAUAUCCUUCCGCAUCAACAAGAAGGAAGCCAGUCAAGCAGUAUACAAUCCUCUUCUGCAUCCGGAUCUGGAUGGUUCAAGAAUGUCGCCAGUAAGAUUGGGCACCCAGGCGCCAUUUCGCCGAAACCUGAACGUGUGCGAGGGAAGAAAGGGUCGACUGUGUCUCGUAUAUAAUUUUCAUUUACAUGCGCGUCCUAUUAUUUCGGUAUCCCCUUUAUGAUAGUUUCACUCGUUUUCCAGAUCUCUUCCAUUGCUCGCCUGCGUGGGCGCAUUGACACAAUAUACGCAUACCAAUGUAUACCAUUAUUCCAUCACACCAAUAGCCGAUUUAAUACCAAGUAUCACUGGCAGUCCCA